UUCAUUACUCUUUCUACCUAAACACCAAGGAUUCUUGAUUCUUGCCUUGACUUGGAUUCUAGAUAUAGUCACUUGGGACGCAGUGGUAUACACGCUUAUUUUGCAUCUAACUGAAGACGCGUAUGCAAUUCCAGGUCGCGUUAUCGAUGACAUGACAAUGGCUCGUAUCAACUAAGAUGAAGUAACCCCGCUAAGCUUUAGGCGAUUUCUAAUCCUUCAACGACAACACAUCACCUGACGAGUACUCUACUCACUCAUCUCUUUUCCCUUUUCCCUCAUUCAUUGCUUUCAACCAUACCGUUGAUGAAACAGUCGUCCUUGACAAGAUGAAAGAAGAAAAGCCCCGCGAUGUCGGGGAUGAUAUUGAGCGCUUAUCCGCCCCCAACACGCGCCAACGGCGAGGAGUUGGCCGCAAGUUCUGGGGCGCCGUGAUUAUAUCUCUUUUGUUGCUUCACCUUCUCGUCCAACCCGCUAGCUAUGGCAUGUCGGGUUGCCUGUCGGGUUCCUCGAGUGAGAAGAGCAUUGAAAAACGCGUGAAGCGUAUCCUUAAACACACUCCCUUGAUCGAUGGACACAAUGACCUGCCAAUCCUGCUGCGAGCCGACUUCAACAACCACAUCAAUGACAAGAACUUCACCACCGGCUGGGAAGACGGCACGCUUCCCGGUCAUGUCGACCUUGCACGCCUGAGAGCCGGCAUGAACGGAGGGGCCUUCUGGAGCUUGUUCUGGCCCUGUCCUGCCAAUGGCUCCGAUUUCUCUGACCAAAACUAUCUGCCCGCCGUCCAGGCUACCCUCCAACAGAUCGACCUAGUCGACCGCCUCAAAGCCGCCUACCCCGAGGACCUCGGGCCGGCAGUCUCCAGCAAAGCCGCCUACAAGGCCUGGAAGCACCACAACCAGCUGAUCUCGCCCAUGGGCAUCGAAGGCCUGCACCAGAUCGGCAACUCGGCCGCCACGCUGCGGCGCUACCACGCCCUGGGCGUCCGCUACGCGACCUUGACCCACAACUGCGGCAACAAGUACGCCGACGCGGCCCUCCAGGGAAACCCGUUCCAGAAAGCCCCCUCCUUCUGGGGCGGCGUCAGCCCCGCCGGCCAGCUGCUCGUCAACGAGAUGAACCGGAUCGGCAUGAUCGUGGACCUGGCCCACACCAGCGUCGACACCAUGAAGGACGUCCUCGGCGGUUCGCCGGAUAAAAAAUGGAACGGCAGCAGGGCCCCCGUCAUCUUCAGCCACUCGAGCGCCUACGCGCUGUGCCCGCACCCGCGCAACGUACCGGAUGACGUCCUGCAUCUGGUCAAGGAGCGGAACUCGCUGGUUAUGGUCAACUUCUCGCCAGACUUUAUCUCGUGCGUGGCGGCGCCGGAUCGGGAGGAUGGCCUGCCGGAUUUUUACCCGGCGAACUCGACUUUGGAGCAUGUGGCUGAGCAUAUCAUUCACAUUGGCGAGCUGAUUGGGUAUGAUCAUGUCGGUCUGGGCAGCGAUUUCGAUGGAAUUCCGGUAGUCCCGAAGGGGCUGGAGGAUGUCUCGCGCUAUCCCGAUUUGGUGGCCGAGCUGCUUAGACGCGGUGUCAGUGAUGCGGAUGCCAGCAAGGUUGUGGGCGGUAACAUCCUCCGCGUUUGGAGGGAUGUUGAGCUUGUGGCGGCUGAGAUGCAGGCUGCUGGUGAGCCGGCUCUUGAAGAUGAUCUGCGUAAGUUGAAAGAGUAGACAUCUGAAUGGGCGGCAUGUGGCAGAGGUCAAGGUGUUUGGGUAGACCUUUAGUUGCAAUAUAGCUGUGAUAUUAGCCUCAAGGUUCUGGAGGGGCUUGUAUAUAGAUACAAGACCUGGCUGGCAUCUGAUGUAUACUGGAGAAUUGGGUAUCAUAGAUGACUAUCAUCAUCC